AUGUCAAUACAACGUAAGAUAUUCGUUUCUUUUUUUGAAUUUAGGUAAAGACCAAGACGUUAUCCUGUCUGUUUUUAGAAUGCCUUUCUACACUAAUUCUUUUUGUCUUUUCUUCGACACUAUGGGUAAUAUCGCGGGUUCAAGAAGUUUUUUCUUUCCAAACUUUGAAAAUGUUGGCCCAACUUGUUGGUGCAAGUUACGAUGAAGGGAAACAGCUAACGGACGAACUUAAAAUCCCACCACAUGUGGCGGUAUUGUUGGGAGAAGAACAAAAGGAGGUUGAUUUGGUAAAUUUUUGCAGUUUUGUUUUGUAUUUAGGUCUCACUUUUUUAUUUUUCCUUGUUGCAGCAAGUACUUUAUGACUUCAUCUACUACUCGAGCUCACAUGGAAUGCAGAGACUGAGUUUUUAUGAUUCCGAUGGGAUUUUGAAAUCAAUGAUGAGCAGGAUUGAGGAUGGUUGGGAAAGAUAUUCGAAACAACGAGGAUUCUUCAAGAACGUCGUGUUCUCCAAAAGCCAAGACGGAAAUAGUCAUCCUGGAAGAUUGACAGUGCAUUUCUGGAAUAAGAAUGACGGAAGAGAACUUAUGGUUGACAUUUGCAAAGAAGUAAGCAGAAUUCGAAAAAUGGUUUAUUUCCUAAUUUUAGAAAGGAGAAGAUUUAUAUUUUUCAGCUGAUUCGUUCCCCCUUACCGAUCACAACUGAGCGCGUUUCAUCGAAGUUGGCGUCGAAGGGUGUGCACGAAGUGGACUUUCUUCUGGCUGUUGGUGGGCUCGAUGGUUUCCCGGCGUGGGCGCUUCGUGUUGCCGAAAUUCAAGAAUUGGCAGCAUGGCCUGAGCGACUCAACGAAUCGUCAUACCGAUCCCUUCUGAGAUGUUUUAGCUCUCGCGAUCGACGGUUAGGUCGAUAG